GGCCGGACGCUGCUACAGUUAUGUGUUUCCGCGGUCGGGAAACCGCAAACGUCCAUCCCAUCCCCAUCCUCAUCCCCAUUUCCACCCUGUGUGCGGGUGAUGUGGAUACUGGAGAUACGGGACGCGGAACAUGGGUGGCCAUGACCAAACGGCAUUGUGGUUAUGCGGCAAGCAAUGACAAGGUGCUUUCCUUCGGAUAGUGUGCUCGUGUGUGCUCGACUAGGUAUAACAAUGGAAGAAGCUCCCUGAGAGUCGAUGGCCGGCCUGCAGUCCCAGACAAGCACGACUUAGGUGUUGAUAACUUGAUUCAGCAUCAUGGGCUUCAGGCUCUCGCAUCUUUACGCCCGUCCAGACGUCAACCCGGUCACACUCAAGGCCCGGUCCGUUCCGUUGCUCAAUCCUAUAGACAUCUAUGGACGGGUCUUCUUCUUCUCCUGGUUCGGCUUCAUGGUCGCUUUCUGGGCGUGGUACACCUUUCCGCCUCUGUUGACGCACACGAUCAAGAAUGAUCUUCAACUGUCACCGGCCGAAGUCGCCAACUCCAACAUCGUAUCCCUCUGCGCUACACUGCUGGUCCGACUUGUUGCCGGCCCCCUCUGUGACCAGUUUGGUCCUCGACAAGUCUUUGGCGGCCUGCUCCUCGUGGGCGCCAUUCCGCUCGGCCUUGCCCCCCUUGUACACAAUGCCACGGGACUCUACGUCAGCCGCUUCUUCAUCGGAAUCCUCGGUGGCUCGUUCGUCCCCUGUCAGGUCUGGUCGACGGGCUUCUUCGACAAGAAUAUCGUGGGCACCGCCAACGCCCUCACCGGCGGCUUCGGCAAUGCGGGCGGCGGCAUCACCUACUUCAUCAUGCCGGCCGUGUACGACGCCCUGAUCGGGGCCCGUCACACCCCUGGCCAGGCCUGGCGGCUCACCUUCCUCGUGCCGCUUGCCAUGGUCAUUACCACCGGCAUUGCCCUCAUCGCCCUCUGCCCGGACACGCCGACGGGCAAGUGGAGGGACCGCCAUCUGCACAUCCGCAGUCAUGCCGAGUCAGCGACCAGCGAAACCGACGCCGACACCGAGAUCGUCGACGUGCCCGGCCGGAUAACGGACCGCCACACCCCCGAAACGCCCUUGACGCUCUCCCCCAGCCCUAGCAGGGAGAAAAUCCCCGCAAUCCCGAUCAAGUUCGACCUCGAAGCCGCCGCGGUUACGACGAAGAUUCCCCAGCUCCCGGUCAAACCCAAAACCAACGCCAACAACAACAAAGAGCACGAAAAAGCAGCAAAAGCAGAGCCAGAACCAGGCACAAAGGAAACAAGCCUCCAACAAACCGAAAACGAGAUCAUCCGCCCGCCGACAUGGAACGACUCUCUCCGCGUGGCCCUCUCCCCGCAAACCAUCUUCCACAUGCUGACCUACAUGUGCUCCUUCGGCACCGAGCUGGCCCUCAACUCGGUGCUGGCCUCGUACUACGCCAAGAACUUCCCCGCCACCCUGGGCCAGACCGCCGCCGCCAACUGGGCCGCCAUGUUCGGCUUUCUCAACUUUGUCACGCGGCCCCUGGGCGGCGCCGUCAGCGAUCUGCUGUACCGGUAUGCCUCCUCCUCCUCCCAUCAUCACUGCCAAGGCCAAGGCCAAGGCAGAGGCCACUCGGACUCGAUGGUAUUAUGGUUCAAGAAGGCGUGGAUCGUCGUGUGCGGGCUCGCGUCGGGCGCGUUGUUGGUGGUUAUUGGAAGGGUGGACCCGCGCGAGCAAGGGGUCAUGUUUGGGCUGGUGGCGGUGCUGGCCUUCUUCGUCGAGGCCGGCAACGGCGCCAAUUUCAGUCUCGUGCCGCACGUGCAUCCCCAUGCCAACGGGAUUGUGUCCGGGUUGACUGGCGCCGGCGGGAACUUGGGCGGGGUGCUGUUCGCGGUUGUCUUUCGCUUUAUGGAUGGCGGCACGGACUAUGCGAAGGGGUUCUGGGUGAUUGGCGUCGUCAAUCUGGUCGUGUGUGCUGCCGUCAGUUGGAUCCCGCCUCUGCCUAAUAAGGCGCGGGUGGGGAGUCAUUGAGUGUGGCGUGACCACCUGGGUAAGGUACAUUUACGACGGAUGGUUUCUGCAUAGCGAUGGUGGUUUAUUACCUAGUACCUUAAUGGAUGGGUCUGAGGCGUUAUGGGAGACUGGACUGGAAAACGACACGACACGACACGACCUUCGGUAGCAUAGAGACAGUUACGAGUUUUCUCCUG